GAAGGACUCGGACGCCGAGGGGGACGGGAAACCGGAAACGGUUCGGAGUUUCCGGCAGAUGGUCCCCGAAGAGCGCUUCCGGCGGUGUCUCCGAGGGCCUCCUCCCGUUCCGAGAAUUCAGUCGGCGAAGGGAGGUUCGGAUUCGAUUCUUUCGGGAAGACGACGACCGACGAAUCGUCUAAUUCGAAUUUUUACGCGCUCGCACUCGUUUCCAGGAUACGCUCCGCAGAAAAACGCGAAAAAUUUCGUCCGUCCUUUGAACUCGGCGAGAUUUAUAAACGUCGGCCUAUCGAACUCGGUAAUCUCUACCUCCACUUUUAUCUGAACUAUCCAUUUCCUUUCGAGAUAACUCGGUCUUUCUGAAGUCGCGCUUCGCCGCUUAAUUUCUAAUUCGAAAGCGAAUUUCCUUCCCUCGGAGGACGCGCAGUCCCUAAAGACGAUCGUCUUUGGGGAUCGCAUUAGUUGCUCCGGCCAUCCACAAAACUGAAAGACCACGGGAACGUUCCGUUUCCGUAGAACCACUGGGAAAAUCUUUCCCAACGGAGGAAAAUUACCGAGCGCAUCUUCUUCGGGACCCGAUACCGGUUUAAGUAGCCAGGCUGGGGUGGGAUAAAGAUUAAGAAAUGAAAUUUGGUAUGGUAACUUCUAUAUAAUAGACAUUGAUGCUACUAAAUUUUGGUGAGAAAAGGUCGACGGAUAGGGAGAUAGAGUGUUUGAGUGAAUAAAAUGAAUACAAGAGUCAUCAGUUUGAGGAGAAUUUUCAUCUUGCUGCUGUGUCAGUGGGCCAAUAUUGUCGACGGAACGUUACUUCAGUUCGUGAAUUACGUAUGGAAAACGGGUUCGUGGAACGAAUGCUCCAGUCUAUCAAGAUGUGGAGAGGGUGUCCAGACUAGAAAGGUUUGGUGUUCGGACAUUAGUGACGACAGAACGACGCUUCGGUCCAACUGCGAUCUAGAAUUAAAGCCUCCGGAAAAUCAAACUUGCUUCGUGCCCUGCAAGAGACACAAGAAUUCUAUUAGAUGGAAAGUCGGAAAUUGGGGUGCUUGUGUCUCCAAGAAGCACACUUCGUUAGACUGCGACAGAAGUGGAUGGCAAGAAAGAAGUGUCCAUUGUGUCCGUAAUCACAACAGAAGUUUACACAGAACGAUAAAAGACUCUAACUGUCUGGCAUUACAUCCCCGGCCUUCGAAAGAGAGAAAUUGCUUACUCAAAUGCCCUCAAGACUGUAUCGUGUCGUUGUUUGGAAACUGGUCCGGUUGCGGCGUUUGCGGACCCGUCAAUAGAACCAGAACUAGAUCAGUGUUGGUAGCACCGAAAGACGGAGGAAGAGAAUGUCCCCAUUUAACGGAAUCCCGAGAGUGUUCCGUUUAUACGGAGUGUUUAAGAGACGUUCGCCUUCCGACAGACUUUGUUCUAAAGAUCGGUCCCUGGAGUCCCUGUACCGUCGAGAAUGACGACACUACUUCUAGGCAACCCGUCGUCGGUUACAGAAAGAGAAACGUGACCUGCAUCGACAAAAUGGGAGAAACGACAGAUGUCAGACGUUGCAAGAACGAAUCCGUCAUCUCCGUGGAGAGUUGCGUAGUGACGGAAGAUUGCCACGUCACGGAAUGGAGCGAGUGGAUAUUAGUGAAGACGGGAUGUGUCACUUUUGCUGGAAAAAUACACCCAGAAAUAAAGGAGAGAAGGAGAAAAGUGAUCCGUCUUGCCGAAGGUGACGGAGCUUCCUGUCCUCACUUAACGGAAAAGCGUCGACUCGUCGACAAACUGCCACCUUGUAGUCGCCUAUAUAAUUGGUCAACUUCUACUUGGAACGAUUGCCAACCGUACAAAAAUUGGUGCGGAGGAGGAUUACAAAUCAGAAACGUCUUUUGUGUAAGAUUAGAAGACUAUGUUCCAGUCGGUGAUUCUUUCUGCAAAGAACCCAAACCGUCUUCCACGCAGCAGUGCAAUUUCGAAUGUCCCAGAGACUGUAAGGUAUCUUUAUGGUCGUCAUGGGGUGCUUGCUUACCCUUCGAUGACAAAGAUACGGGAAAAUCUUUCGGAGGAUAUCGCAAGAGAAUGAGGGAAGUCGUCCUGAAACCGAGUGAAGACCGACUCGAAUGUCCCGCUUUGGUGCAAGUUGAUUCGUGUAUAGAGCCAAUGGUGGUAAAAUGGUUGACUGGAAAUUGGAGCAAAUGUCUCUUACGGGAUGCCACGCAACCCUGCGGAGAAGGGGUCAGAAACAGAGAAGCUGUUUGCGUUACUCCCACUGGAGUGGAAGUGUCUCCAUCUCUUUGCCAAAGAUACGUUUUGCCUCCAAAACUCAUCGCUCCCUGUUAUAUACCCUGUCCUAGAGACUGCGUUUUGGCAGAGUGGACGGAGUGGACUCACUGUUCGACCGAUUGUUCCAAUUCUACUUUUGUAGGGAAAAGAACCAGACACAGAAACGUUUUGGCCAAAGAAGGACCAGGUGGCAAACCUUGUCCUGAUUCCGAUACUUUAACUGAGAGUGAAUUUUGUAGCUACGAGAGUUGUUCGGGUUAUAAUUGGGAGAAAUCCGAAUGGAGUUCGUGUAAAGUUCCGAAAGAUAGAACUUGCGGAAAAGGGAUUCGAAAUCGUUACGUCAAUUGCGUUCAUGAAAAUACCUUAGUUUCGGAAGAAAAAUGUAUGCCAGAACCUAAACCAUUUGUUCAGCAAUCUUGUUUUGUACCAUGUCCUGUGGACUGCGUAACUAGUAAUUUCACGGAAUGGAUGCCUUGUCCUAAAGACUGCAAACCAGGUUCUGUGCAGCGUCGAAAGCGAUAUAUAUUGCAACAUCCUCGUUUCGGAGGAGUAGCUUGUCCUCAACCCUUAGAAGAAAUCAGAAGUUGUCAUUUCGAAAACGACGAAUGUAAGAGAUUAAAUGAUACGCUUUCUGCAUACCGUUGGGACAUUGGAGCUUGGAGCGGUUGCGUUUUGCCAGAAGAAGCGACAUGUGGAAGAGGUUAUCAAACUAGAAGAGUAAUCUGCACACGAUACGACGGAAAGAAAGUGAUUGUUCAUAACUGCUUAAUAUUAUCUACAAGGAAACCUCCUAUUGCGGAGAGAUCUUGUUACGUUUCUUGUAACAAUUCGUGUAAUCUUUCCGAAUGGUCUUCUUGGACUCUAUGGAGAGAAAACAAUACAAAUAAUUGUCUACAGCAGAUUAGAAUAAGAGAAAAUAUAGGAGGAAAAUGUGAUAACGAGCUUUUGAAUGAAACUUUACCUCCGAUUUUACCGGAGAUUUUAGCUCCUCCCGAAGGACAUUGGUCUAAAUGCAUCAUCGACGAAAAGAACGAUUUUACCUGCGGAAAUGGAAAAAAAUAUAUUCGAGGCAACCAAGUGAAUUUAUGCCAACAAACAGGUAUAACGUGGGACAUGUGUCUAGUGGAGUGUCCAGAAUCUUGCCAGUUGUCAGGGUGGACCCAAUGGACUCAAUGUAACGUUUCUUGUGGACAAGGGUAUAGGCGCAGACAACGUCACGUGGUCAAAUACGGAAACAAAAUGGGUCGGCCCUGUCCCGUCUUGAAUGGAGAUAGUGAAAUUCAAGAAAGUAUCUGCGAAGAAGCUUGCGAGGAUUACAAGUGGAUAUUUAAAGGAUGGUCGGAAUGUAGAGUGAUUUCUUCUAGAGUAGACUGCGGAAAAGGGGUCCAGACAACAGUAUUUAGCUGCACUAAGAUAAAUAAAUCGACUUCUCGGACUGUUGACGAUAAAUUCUGCAUUUUAAAUAAACCGGUGGAAAGCGUGUCCUGUUACGUUCCUUGUCCGGAUGACUGUGUGGUUUCCAGUUGGUCCUCGUGGACGCAGUGCAGUGAACCCUGUAAUAAUUUUCAACAAAGAUAUCGAAAUAGAACCGUGCUAAGGAUGGCUCUACCUUCAUCUGGUAGGAAAUGCCCAACGUUGACGGAGGAAGAAGCCUGCCACAAGACCAACUGUUUCUUUUACAAAUGGAAAAUAGGAAAAUGGAGUUCUUGUAUUCUCCCCGAAGAAUCUUCUUGCGGAUGGGGUACGAGCCAUCGGGCUAUCAAUUGUCAACGAAACGAUGGAAGCAUCGUCAGUCCGGAUCAUUGUCGUCAGCUGAAAGCUCAUUCGAUAAGCACUCCGUGUUUCGUGGAUUGUCCCAUUGAUUGCGAAAUGUCGAAAUGGUCUUCUUGGAAUGACAAUGAAUGCAAACCGUGUGCUUCCAAAGGAGAAAGAUGGAGAACCAGAACGGUUAUACAGGAACACAGUAAAACCGGUAAACCUUGUCCUUCCGAUGUCAUACAGAGAAUGCCUUGCCCUCACCAGCCUUGUUAUCACUGGUCUCUUGGAGAUUGGUCUAAUUGUUUAUUAAACGAAGGCGAAUGCGGUUACGGAAUAACCAACAGAAAAGUUAAUUGUAUAAGAUCCGACGGAGUAACUGUUCAUAAAAGUUAUUGUUUAACUAUCAAUAUAUCAGAAUCCAUCGGAGGAUGGAUGGACGAGCGUUGGUUGGAAGAAGUAUUUGACGUUAAGGAAAGCAAGCUAUGCCAUGUGCCUUGUCCCGGGGGAUGCAUUCUUUCCUCGUGGUCAUUAUGGAGUCCCUGCCAUAGAAACUGUCUAAAACAAGAAAUCGUGGGAUACCGAACGAGAUCGAGAGCUAUUUUAGUCAAUGCAACCGGGAAGCACGAAACCUGUCCAAAAGUAUUAUGGGAAAAAAGACCUUGUUGGGACGGUCCUUGUUUGACCUACGGCUGGAAAUUAAAGAAUAACGUCAUCCAGUGCGUAAGAUCGGACGGACUAGUAAUCGAAGGAGGUUGCGAGAAGAGACUCCGCCCCUGCUACCCAGAAUGCAGCGCUCCCGACUCCUUCUGCGAUCACGCGCUUGGCCAAUGCGUGUGUCCGGCCGACGCUUCUCCCGUAUACAACGGUCGGACGGAGGCAGGGACCGAUGUGGUUCCUCAUUUGCUCCGUUGUCUACCGAACGCCAUGGACCGAUUAAACGUCACCCGCUCCGAAGACGACAUCGUCCUUAGAUACUUCCCCGAUGAUAACGAGUUCAGUUUUUGGAUGUACGCAAUGAUAUGUGCGGGAUCAGCAUUCGUUAUAUUCGUUGUCGUCACUCUUUAUCUGAUGUGCAUCGAGAAGCCGAGCGCGAGACAACAGGAACCCACUCGAGGUCUACAUAUGAAGACAUACUACAGGUGACAAGAAGGAGCGCACCGCCGCUGCCAAUCCGAACUCUUUCAAGAGCAGAGCACGUGAGAGCGGUGUGCGGUGUGAUCUGCUCUUGUUUCUACUUUUUAUGUCGUAUCUUCUAAACCUUCGAUGUUGAAUGUGCCUUGUUGUGUUUAGUGGAAGAAUACAAGACGAAGUUUUAAGUUACGUAUCUAUCGGCCAUCGACACCAUAUCUCGUUUACUGUAUAUAUAAUGUGUCUGCUAAUUAUUAAAUAUCAAACGAAUUUAUAAUCAGAUUUCACAAAUUUCUAUAAAUAAUUAUGUAAAUAUUAAUGUUUGGGUGUCUUUUCUUAAAGAGAGAGAGAGAUCGUCUUCCACUUUAAGAGAAUCGAGAAUAAACAGAAAAUAUAAAUUUAUAUAUUAAAAAAUAUCUUUCGAUUAUAAUCUUAUAGGCAACAAUAUACUUUAUAGGAGAAGUAUCUGAUAUAAUUUUAAAAUAUAAUUGUAUAUAAUUUAUGUAAGUUAUCGUAUUUCCAUCCAUAAACCGUAACGUAGUGUGUGCCGUCCUCUCGCUUUCCUUUGCAUUCUAAUGUGCAUAUAAGCUUCGAAUCUCUCCUAAAUCUUAAUAAUAUUGAAAAAAAAUUAGAGAUUAACCAUUUAGAAAAUUAAUAAAACUUGUGUAUUACUACGAAAACAUGUAAAAUAUUGUAUAGUGUAGUUUCUUAACGAUAAAAUGAAUGAUCUAUUAAAAUUGAAAACCAUUUUUUUGGAGUGUUAUUAAAUCUAUAUAUAGUUAAAACUAUUGUUCCACGAUAUUUUAUGUUA